CCACAGGGGCGUGGGUGGGAUGUCUCUGGUCGUGUGGUUGGCUAGGUGCCCACGUCAGGGAGAGAAUCUGGAGAAUUACCUCUGAUCUCUUUCCUUCUAUGAGUUUCAGUCUUUUUCUGUACAAGAAGGGGUUAAAACUGGAGUGAUCCCUUUUUUUUAGCUGACAUAAAUAAUAUUUCUUUUUUUUUCUUUUUUUUUUUUUUGAGACGGAGUCUCGCUCUGUCCCCCAGGCUGGAGUGCAGUGGCACGAUCUCGGCUCACUGCAUAAAUAAUAUUUCUAGUACCUACCUAGAUUGUUUUUGUAAUCUUCCCAGAUCCAAGGUAAUAAAAUGCGUGGACAUUGGAACCAUGCUGCAAUUAUGUUGAACUCUUCUUGGAGCAUGUCAGGUGUUCCAAGAACACACCUUAUUCAUCCAAGCUUUGAAUACGUGGUUUUGUGGUAUAGUAGACAGUCCUGGCUCGAAUCAAAAAGGCUUAGUCUAGAAUCCUGCCUCCCCUAUGGUGUUAACCUUAGGCCUCCCUAACCCCCAGCUUGUCCUAGCCAGGGUUUCCUCAGCUGUACAAUGGAACCCAGUCUGAAGGAUCAUUGUGAAGAAUAAAUGAGAGAAUGUGUAAAUGGCACCACCAUCCACUGAAUUGUUUAGACCACAUACCCAGAGGCCAUCAUUGAUUCAGUGCUGUCCUUCAUUGAUCCACAAUCCAGUCCUUCAACAAGUCCUCUUGGCUCUGCCUUCGGAAUAGAUCCCAAAUUCAUCCAUUUGUCCCCACCUCCAUUGCUGCCACCCUAGGCCAAGCCACCAUCACCUCUCUUCUGAACUACUUCCUAACCGAUCUUGCUGUGUGCUUACCUCUGCCCUGCCAUAACCAAUUCUUCACUGAGCAGCUAGAUUGAUAGCAUUCAAAUGUAAAUCUGAUCGCGACAAUCCCUUGCUUCCUAGAAACUUUUAUGAAAUCUUAACUCCUUACUAUUACCUAUAAAACCCAAGAUCUGGCUCCUACUGUCUCUUCAACUCUAUCCCAUUUUAUUCUCACAUUUCACUGUGCUAUACCUCUGCUGGCCUGAUUUCUGUUCUGCCAAUAUGGCAGGCAUCUGGGCCUUUGCACUCACUGAUCUUCUGCCACAGAAAGGCAGUUGCAGAAUGGUUAAGAACAAGGACUCUAGAGAAAAAUUGGUUUCAAAUCCCAGCUCAGGCCAGGUAUUAUGGCUCACACCUGUAAUCCUAGCACUCUGGGAGGCCAAGGUGGGUGGAUUGCCUGAGCUCGGGAGUUCGAGACCAGCCUGGGCAACACGGUGAAACCCUGUCUCUACCAAAAUACAAAAAAAAAAAAAAAAAAAAAAAUCGGCUUGGCAGCACACGCCUGUAGUCCCAGCUACUAGGGAGGCUGAGGCAGGAGAAUUGCUAGAACCAGGGAGGCGGGGGUUGCAGUGAGCUGAGAUCGCACCACUGCACUCCAGCCUAUGUAGCAGAGUGAGACUCCAUCUCUAAAAAUAAAUAAAUAAAUAAUCCCAGCUCAGCUAUUUGCUAGCUUUUGGAUGUGGGCAAGUUACUUAAGUGCUGUGCCUGUUUCUACAUCUGUAAAAUGGGGGAUAAAAAAUAAUACCUACCUCAAAGCAUUGUUUAAAGGAUCAAAUGCAUUAAUACAUGUCAAAUGUUUACAGCAGUACCUGGCCAAGAAGCUGUUAAAUAAGUGUUUGCUAUUACCUGUUUUUUCUUUACAUGCCUAGCACCUAUUCAUCAUUCAAGUCUCAGCUCAAAUGUCACCUCAGACAGGUCUUCCCUCAUCAUCCUAUCUAAAGUAGUCCUUGCCCAAACUCUCCAUUACAUUACUGUUUCAUUAGUGUUUUGUCUAUGUGACAUAUGAUGUUGUCUCAAGUUUUGUUUGUUUUGGUUUGGUUUGAGACGGAGUCUUGCUCUGCUACCCAGGCUGGAGUGCAGUGGCGCGAUCUAGGCUCACUGCAGCCUCUGCCUCCAGGGUUCCAGCGAUUCUCCUGCCUCAGCCUACUGGGUAGCUGGGAUUACAGGCAUGUGCCAACAUGCCCAGCAAAUUUUUGUAAUUUUAGUAGAGAGGGGGUUUCACCAUAUUGGCCAGGCUGGUCUCGAACUCCUGAUCUCAGGUGAUCUGCCCGCCUUGGUCUCCCAAAGUGCUGGGAUUACAGGCGUGAGCCACCAUGCCCGGCCAAAGUUAUUAUUUUUUUUAAUGUAAACUCUGCAGGAGCCAGAAUCUUGUCUCAGGUUCACUGUUGUAUUCCCUGAGCCUACAAUAGAGCUUGAUGUAUAACCGAAACACAGCCCCAGAAUUUGUGGUGGAUGAAUGAAUAAAAAGACACCAGUGUCUGGCACAUAUAAUGCAGGUUACUAAGUGGUAAUGUACUAAUACUGUGUGUCAGUCACUCUGGUAAGUGUUAGGGAUGCAGAUGUGAAGAUACCAUCCCAUCCCUCUCCUUAAGAAAUUCAAUUUAAUAGAGAAAACAGACACAAAUAAGUGCAGAAAUUGCUAAAAGAAGUGUGUCCAGAAUGCAAUCUGGACUCCAAGGAAACAGAGUUAAGCCACCAGAGUCGGGGAGGCUGGAGCAGGCUUCAGAGAACUGACUCGGCUUAGUAGGAGGUACCUGCCAGUUACAGGCAGUGGCCCUAUGUGGCAGUGCUGGGAAGAGGCAGGCAAUGAGGAAUUUUUCACAGACAACCUAUGGGACACACUCCCUUGCUCAUGGCAGGAAGCAUUGGAUGGACUGAAACCACCACAGCUGGCCACAAUGCUGCUGGGGAUGCCUGGGGAAGGGGAGGUCGUCAGGUACAGGUCAGUGUGGCCACUCACCCUGCUGGCCCUGAAGUCCACGGCCUGUGCCCUGGCCUUUACCCGGACGCCUGGCUUUCAGACCCCCUCAGAAUUCCUGGAGAACCCCAGCCAGAGCUCCCGACUAACAGCUCCAUUCCGGAAACAUGUCAGGCCCAAGAAGCAGCAUGAGAUCCGGAGGCUGGGAGAGUUGGUGAAGAAGCUGAGUGAUUUCACAGGCUGCACCCAGGUUGUAGACGUGGGCUCAGGCCAGGGCCAUCUCUCCCGCUUCAUGGCUCUUGGCCUGGGGUUGAUGGUGAAGAGCAUCGAAGGGGAUCAGAGACUGGUAGAGAGAGCCCAGCGCCUGGACCAGGAGCUUCUGCAGGCUCUGGAGAAAGAGGAGAAGAGGAACCCGCAGGUGGUCCAAACCAGCCCUCGUCACUCCCCACACCACGUGGUUAGGUGGGUAGACCCCGCAGCCCUGUGUGACGAGCUUCUGCUUCCACUGGAGAACCCGUGUCAGGGCAGGGCCCGCUUGCUGCUCACAGGCCUCCACACCUGUGGGGAUCUGAGUGUUGCUUUGCUGAGACACUUCUCCUGCUGUCCUGCGGUGGUGGCCCUGGCCUCAGUGGGCUGCUGCUACAUGAAGCUGAGUGACCCUGGCGGCUACCCACUGAGUCAGUGGGUGGCUGGGCUGCCUGGCUAUGAACUGCCCUACCGGCUUCGGGAGGGGGCCUGCCAUGCCCUGGAGGAAUAUGCUGAGCGGCUACAGAAAGCUGGCCCUGGCCUCCGAACUCACUGCUACCGUGCAGCACUGGAGACAGUCAUCCGACGGGCCCGGCCUGAGCUCCGUCGGCCAGGCGUGCAGGGUAUCCCCAGGGUCCACGAGCUCAAGAUUGAAGAAUAUGUGCAGCAGGGGCUACAGCGAGUGGGGCUAGAUCCCCAGCUGCCACUGAAUCUGGCUGCCCUUCAGGCCCACCUGGCCCAGGAGAACCGUGUGGUGGCCUUCUUCAGCCUGGCUCUACUGCUUGCCCCACUGGUGGAGACGCUUAUUCUACUGGACCGGCUGCUGUACCUUCAGGAACAGGCCCUUUCUCCCAGGUUUCCAUGCUGAGCUCCUGCCCAUCUUCAGUCCUGAACUCUCUCCCAGAAACCUGGUUCUGGUGGCCACCAAGAUGCCCCUGGGUCAGGCUCUUUCAGUUCUGGAGAUUGAAGACAGCUGAUGCAGCCUGAGGACACAUCUCAGACCCCAUCAUCUGAAAGUGCCCAGAGAGCACAGUGGCAGAGUACAUCUCAUCCAGAGAAACAGCAUCCUGCGUCCUCCAGAGUCCUGGUUCCUUCAGUUUCAUCCCCUUUCUCUCCCUCCAUGGAUUAUGUAAUACAGUAUAAAGUUUUAAUUUAUUAAAAGUUGGAAAUCUG